AUGCUUGUCUUUUCACAGACGAUAGAGUGGACAGAGAGUGAUUCGCCAACGCCAUCGCCAAACUCUGUUCCGGAAAAAAGUUCUCCAAGAACCAUCACUGACGAUAAUCCCUCAUUUGAAGAAACGUCUGUAAUUCAAGAGCUACCGGCAGCCGGGACAAAAACUAGCAAAACUGCUCAUGUUUGUCCGCACUGCAAUUUUACAACAUUCAUGUCUCAACAUAUGAAGAGCCAUUUGGAUGCCCACGAACGCCACCAAGGACAAAUGUACCAAUGCGACAUUUGUCAAAUGCAAUUCAGUCAGAAGGCCAAUAUGCACCGCCAUCGGAUGAGACAUAGUGGUGUAAAGCCGUACGAGUGUCGGUACUGCAAAAAGCGGUUCUUUCGUAAGGAUCAGAUGCAAGAACAUUCAAUGACGCACAUUAAAACUGGAGUAGAUUUCGAUUGUCCAGUUGCCUUUUGCACUCAUCAGUUUAGCCAGCAUUCUACACUUAGAUCUCAUUUGGACGAAGCGCACAAUGUCUGCGCUUCAUCUCCAGCUUCCUGCAAACGGUGCUCUCUACUUUUUGCCAACUCGCGACGUUUACUUCUUCACUAUCAAACAAGACAUGACGACAGUGAGUGUGGCGGAGUUGUAUCAAAAAAGGAAAAUGACGCUUCGCUGAAGAAGAGACGGCCAUUGUCGACAUCUGCCUCCCCUUCACAGAUUCGUGCUGCAUGCAAAAAAGACUUUAGUCCACAUCAAACGGAUUCGUCCGAGAUAUCCUCUAGUCCAGAUUGGGAUCAGGUCCUGACUGUUGUAAAUUGA